AUGAACACUCCCUUGACGACUGCCGAGGUUUUUCAGUUGAACUCCGUUGUGGGUGGUCUGAGGCCUGGCACGAUUUCCUUUAAGACACUGACGUUGGAGAGUGACAAGUACGUAUGUCUUCGCGAUGUACAGCCGGAUGGGCAGACGUCACUUGUGAUUGUGGACUUGGAAAAGCGUGAAAGUAUCCGUAAUAAUAUUCGUGAUGCAGAGUCUGCUAUAAUGAACCCCAAGUCAAAAAUACUUGCGCUGCGCAGUGGUCGGAAUCUACAGGUCUUUGACGUGAAUGCUGCAAAGAGACUCAAGGUGGUUUUAUUUACCGAGGAUGUGGUUUUCUGGCGUUGGGUGGAUGACCGAACAAUCGGGGUGGUAUCCACUACGGCUGUGUAUCACUGGAGCCUGGACUCUGCGGAGGAUGCCAUGCCGGAACGCGUCUUUGAGCGCGCUCCAGAUAUGGGUGCGUCGGUGCAGAUACUAAACUACUGCACCGACGAAAAGAAGAAGUGGUUGCUGUUGUCAGGCGUAGCGCGGGUGAUGGAGGGGAUGGUGGGAAAGACACAACUCUACAGUGUGGAAAAUCGUGAUGGACGUGUGAUUGAUGGACAUGCUGGGACCUUCAUCUCGACAAACACGCCUACGGAGCCACGUGUGUGUAACGUUAUGUGUCUGGCGUGGAACACCAUCCGCGAAGGUGGGAAAGUGCAGCUGAUGGAACUCCUACCAGCCCCAAGAUGGAUGUUACGAUUCCCCGCCGAGUGGUGGAUGUGCCGCUCCCUCCUGGCGACUUUCCCGUCGCUCUAA